UUUGGUGAUUCUGCAAAAAUGAGUUCUUGCGUAUCCAACAAACGUUCUAGUGAUUCCAAGUGGGAAGUUCCCUCCCCCAGGAAGAGAACAAGAAUUUCCAGAUGGGACGAAGGAGACCUUGCUUUAAGGGAGGCACACCCCCUUUGUCAUCAUCAAGACAUCCUCAUCACCCAGAUCUUCACCAAGCUGGACUGGGAGGGGCAGGCUGCUGUGCAGAUGGUAUGCAAGCAGUGGCGUAGGUGGGCCAAGUUGCGGUACCGCCUCCCAUACCACUACCCUCAAGGAUGCUACCGCGCGUGGCUGCGGGAGUGGGUGAUCAUGGACAUCAUUGACAAUGAUGGCCGUGACUUCCACGCCUGGAUGGACAAGGACAUGACCGUCUACUUUGACGGCUUCACCCUCCUUUUCAAGGAGGAGGAGUAG